AAAAGUCGUGGUUUUUAAUUUGUCAUACGUGGACGUUUUUGUGUCAAAAUAAAACUAAUAUGUUAAUAAAUAUAUUUUUCUUUAUAAUUUUAUAGGUGAAAUAUAAUGUGGAAGAAACCGGAUCCGGACCCUGGUGGCCAGGGCCCCGAGCCACCCAGGGAAAUAAAAGAUUUGCGAGAUCAAAACGAACAGCAACAAGUACUUAUAGCUCAACUGAAAGAAAUGUUGAGGAAAGAACAAAGUACUGUCCCGCAAGAAAAAGUUGAAGAAUACGUAAAUACUCUUAGUAAAGUGAAAGCUAAAAAAUCUAGAUUAAAGAAAGACGAACUUGGCGGUGUAGAGAGAAGUAGCGGUAGUUCUAUGGAUAAUAAGAAACAUGAAAGAGUCAACUUAUUGAAACAACAAUUGGAGGAAAAUAAGGCUAGACUUGCGGAAAGAGGUAUGAGGCAAAAGGAUAUUGAAGAAAUGGUGACUGCUAUUAAAACUCAACUUAACGACUCUCAGCCGAUUAUUAAUGUAACUCAAACGUCUGAAAAGAAUUUAGAUUAUAACAAAAGCACCAAUCCGGAAGAACUUUACAACAUACUUUUGGUUAAAGAGAGAAAAAUAACUGACCUUUUGGAAAAAACGCAAAAGCAGGAAGGUAUUAUAUUGGAUUUACAAGAGAAUCUUAAGGAAAAGGAUCAAGUUAUCGAUGCCAGAACUAAAGCUAUAACUUUGAUGACUGAUAAUUUGAGUAAAAAGGGAAAAGAUACACUAGAUGCUUUAGACGAAACUAAAGAGCAAAUGAGGAAGAUGCAAGAGAAUUUCAUUAUUUUGGAAACUGAGAUGAAAGCUCGGCAGAUGGUUUUGCUCAAUGAUUUGAAGUCGAAAAAUUUGGAAAUCGCGGAACUUCAAGAACAAAAUGAAAAAUUAAUUGAAGAGAAAAAUGAAAUAGUAAGAAAUUCCGUAACGUCAGAAAAAUCUGAGGUCAAUAAUCACGAAAUUAUCAUUAAGGAUCUCCAACAAAAAUUAGCAGAUUCUAAAACUUUAAUAGAAGAAUAUACCACGAAAAUUAAAGAUUUAGAAUCUAAAGUUGAAGUAAUUGAAGAAAGCCAUAGCCCCUCGCAAAAUUCGACUAUAGAAAAACUCAAAAAACAAUUAGAUGAAAGUAACAAAAAUAUGAUUAAAGUGAAAGCUCAAAAUAAGAGUAAAAUCAAGGAAUUGAACAAAAAAUUGGACGCUUUCAAGAAAAUGAGCGACGCCAAUGUUAUGAUUGUCAAUUUACAAAACGAAAUAACCAAAUUGAACGAGAAAAUUGCUGAAUUAGAAGAUGAAAAAGGAAACGUGCAGCUGAAGAUGGUCGAAUCAAUUGAUACUUUCAAAGGUUCUCUCUAUGCAGAGGAAGUGAAGGAAUUGCAAGAUAAAUUGAACAGGAACGCCGAAGAAUUUGAGGAAAAAGAAAAAGUGAUCGGAUUAUUAGAAAGUGAAAUAAUUUCCUUAAAAUCGAAUAUAACUGAUUUAACUGAACAAAACGAGAGAUUGUCUCAAUUGCAAAACGAUCAAGUUACUUUCGAAAUGAAAUCCAUCCAAAUAGAAGAACAAUUGGAGCAAUCGCGAAAAGAAAAUAAUAAAUUGAGAGAAGAAAUUGAAAAACUUAAUAAAGAAAAGGAUGAAUUGUUUGAAAAAAUCGAAGAAUUUAAAAAAGAAAAAUUAGAUCUCUCUACUAAAUUAGAUAAUUAUAUCCAGGAAAAUAUGGAAUUAAUUGAUAAAUUAGAAAAGCUGAGUGCUGAAAAAGUUUCGUCUGCGGAAAGUAUAGAGAUAGUGGAAGGUUUAACGCAACAAGAGAAGCUGGAAUAUCAAAAGAAUAUGGAAGAACCUUCGAAGGCUUUAGAUGAAGAAGUAGCACCAUCUGAAUUAAACGAAACCGUUUCUCAGCUAACAGAAGAUUCGACAGAAUUAUUGAAGAGAAUCGAAAUGUUUAACGUUGAAAGGAAAGAAGUUAUGUUGAAAUUAGAUGCGUUAAGAGAAGAAAAUAAUCAAUUAUGUAUGAAGAUAAACGAAAUAGAAAACUACAGGGAUAUUUUAGUGGAAACUUACGAGCAAGUACAAAGUGAAAAAGACGAUUUACAAAAAGAAAAUAAACACCUCGUGGAAAAAUUAAAACGAUUAGAAGAUGUAGAUGAAGAUAAAGAAGAAAUUUCGAAAUUGCGAAACCUACAGGGCGAUUACGAAAAGUUGUUGGAAGAAAAUAAAUACCUCGAAAAAUCCCUCAAAGAUUUAGAUUCGAAUAUACACGAAAAGGAUAAUUUAGAAACAGAAUUGAUGGAAACUAAAGAAAAAUUAAGCGAAUUAGAAGAUAAACUAAAAGAAAAUAUUGAAGAAAUUACUAAUUAUCGAUUGAUAAUUGAAGAAAAUAAAACUGAAUUAAUAAAUUCUUCGAGUUUGAUUAAUAAACUUCAAACCGAGUUAGGUGAAAGAGAAAACGACGUCAAGGAAUUAAACGUAUUGAUAAACGAUCUAAAUACUGUAGUCGGGGAUUUACAGGUAGCCAACGAAAAGUUAGGCAACUUUGAAUUCAUGGAAAAUCAAGUAAAAUCCCUAAACGAACAAGUCCAAGAUUUUAAAGAAGAAAUCGCUUUUAACAAAUCAGAAAACGAAACUUUAUACGACGAAUUGAAGCGUAAAGAAGAAAUAAUAAAAAAUCUGGAAAAGCAACUACAAGAAAAAGAUACGAAAAUACAUGAAAUCAUCGAAGAAAUGAAACAAAAAUAUCUGGGACUUCAACAACAACUGGAUAACAAUAACGGUUCAUUGGAAACGCAGAUACAAGAAUUAUCCAAUAAAAAUAAAGAACAAUUGGAAAAAAUGAAGAAAAUAGCGGCGAAUUUGAAAAAGAAAACGCAGGCAUAUCAGGAAUUGGAAAGUAGGUAUAAGGAAGAAAAAGAAAAAUGGGAAACCGAAAUAAAUACCGACAAAGAGAUGAAUGAACUCCGAAUAGAAAUAGAAGCAAUAAAGGAGGAGAUAGAAGAGAAAACUUUAGCUUUGGAUAAUUCCGAAAGGAAAUUAAAAGAAAUGUCGGAUAUAAUCGAUACGUUACAACAACAAAAUUCAGAUUUGCAAAAUAUGUUGAUAGAAACUCGACAGAAGCAAGAAAAAAUAACAGAAGUAAGUUUAAAACAAGAAUUAUCGAGGAGUUUACAUGAGGAAUUCGAUAAUUUACACGGAAGUAACGAAUCGACAAACGAAGAUAAAAUAAACGAAUUGCAAUUGAUAAUAGAAACGAAUGAAUCCGAAUUGAAUCAUUAUAAAGAACGGAACGAAAAAUUGGAACAGGAUCUCGGUAGAUUAUUGGAAGAAAAAGAAGAUUUAACUAAUAAAUUUAAAGAUAUCGAAGAUAAAUUGAUUAUAAAUGAAAAUAAUUUGAAAGAAAAGAUAUUAAUGGAAAAAGAAAUGAGCGAAAAGCUCAAAGAUAUAACUAACAAUGAAGAAGUCUUAAAGACUGCUUUGGAAGAAAUCAAAGAAGAAAAUGGAGAUUUGAUAAAGAGAAAUAGAGAACAAGAAGAAUUGAUACACAAAUUGAAAGUGAAAGUAAAAAAAUCACAAGAAAAAGUUGGACAAUUGAAAAUUGUACAGGGUAAUUUAGAAGAGCAGGAACAGGUGAACGCGGAAUUGAAAAAACAAUUGAUACAUUUAGAAACUGUACAAAAACAGACGCAGAUGGAAAACGAGGAAUUACAAAAGCGAAACCAAAGAGAUUACGAAAAAAUUGAAAACGAUUAUCAGAUACAAUUGGAGGAAUUGAUAGGAAAGAAUAACGAAUUGACGUUCCAAAGGGAAAAACUAGAAGAAACGGUCAAGGUUCUAAAAGAAAGAGAAGAAGAAUUAUCGAUAGAAAAUAACGAAUUGAAAGGAAAAAUAAAUAGAUUAGAAGAAAAUUUGUACCUAGCUUCGACCAAUUGGGAAAUUUCGAUGAAAAAAUCCAAAACUUUGGAACGAAAAUUGAUGAUAAAAGAUAAAGGAACAGAAACAGUUAACGACGUUAUUAACGAAGCCAAAAAAAAAAUUUACGAUUUAAAUACAAAAGAAACACAAACCGAAGAAAAUAACACCAAAGAAGAUUUAGAAACGAAAAUAAAAGCGUUAGAAAUUUUAUUGUUUAACGUCGAUAAAGAAAAUGAAAAAGUAGUCGAUGAUUGCUCGGAUAUGUUUAACGAAUUUACUAAAUCGCUUUAUAAAAAACUGGAAAACAAACCGGAAGAUUCGUUGGAAUGUCAAAUAAUGUCGAACGAAGAAAUCGACGGUCUUCGAGAUCCCGAUUCGCUUCGACGAUUAGAAUACGAAAAAUGCGAAAACGAAUUUUUAGGUUAUCAAAAUGAUCCGGUACAAGAAGAACCGAUCCAACAGUCGAAAGCUUACUUGACUUAUCAAAUAGGGGAAGAAAACGACGACGGAUGGGCUUGGGGACCAGAAGAAGUUAGAUUAGAAGAAGAACAUCAAUACAGAAACGAAAACGUUCUAAAAACACAACUGAACAAAUUACAAGCCGAUAACGAAACGCAUCAAAAAGAAAUCCAACAACUACAAAUCAAAAUCGGUAAAUUAACGAAGAAAUGUAAAGAACUGAAGAUGAAAAACGAAACAUUGUCAAAACGGACUGCUACUAAUAAAAACGAUUUCUUCGAUUUGGAACAGACGAUACAAGAUGAAUUGAAAAUGCAAGUGGAGGAAUUGGAAAAAAGAAUCGAAGAAUGUACUGGAUUAUUGAAUAAAGAAAAAGAAGAAAAAGCGAAAUUAUCGAACCGAUUAGAUAUACUCACGGUUACCAACGAAAAAAUGAUGCAACAAAAAGAAAUACAAGAUUGCGAAUUACUAAAAUGGAAAAGGAAAUACGAGGAAUCGUUAAAUUCGUUCGAUUGGGAAGAAAAUCGAAUUAUUUCCAAAACAGAUGAUGUAGAAGAAUCCAAAGAAAAUAUAGAAGAAUUGAAAACGUUGAUUAAAGAUCUGACGGCUGACAAUGAAGAGUUACAAGCUCUGUUGGACGAUCAAAAACAGCUAAGGGUGGAAUUAGAGAAAAGCAGAAACGUCGGUAACGAAACGAGGAUGCGAAACUUGGAAGAAGAAUUGAAAAUCAAAAUCGAUCUAUUAGUAGAUUUGGAAAAGAAAUUUGUAAAAUUGAAAGAAGAAUUCGACGUUAAUUACGAGGAAAAGGGAAAACUGUUACAACAAAUCGAUUUUCUUGAAGAAAAAUUGAAAAUUGAAACUUCAAAAAUUGAAGAAAUUAAAAUUAUCGUUAACGAUUUAACAAAAGAAAAUGAAGAAUUGCGAAUUUUAUUGGAAAAUCAAAAACAAUCGGAGAUGGAAUUGGAGGGUAACGGGGUGCGAAUCUUGGAGGAGGAAUUGAAUAAAAUAAUCGAAGAAAAACGUGUAUUAGAAGAAGAAUUGAAAAUAAAAAUCGAUUUAUUAGUAGAUUUGGAAAAGAAAUUUGUAAAUUUGAAAGAAGAAUUCAACGUUAAUUGCGUGGAAAAGGAAAAAAUGUCGAACCAAAUCGACGUUCUUACAGCUGCCAAUGAAAAGUUAACUGAUUUAAAAGAAACGCAAGAAAAAUUAAAAUUGGAAGCUUCCAGAUACGAAGAAAAAGAAAAUAUUGAAAAACUAAAAAUAAUUGUCGAUAAUUUAACAAAAGAAAAUGAAGAAUUGCGAGUUCUGAUACAAAAAGAUUCAGAAGAAGAAUUAAACAGACUCAAAAACGAAGAAUUACCUAAUAAAAUCAAUUUAAUAGAAAAUUUAGAAGAAAAAUUGACACGAAUACAAGAAACCAAUAAAGAAUUGUCGAUGGAAAAAUCUAAUUUGGUCCAACAAUAUCAAAUACUUUAUUCGGAAUUUGAAAAAUUAAAAGAAAGCAGUUCGAACGUUAUCAAUAACUUACAGGGUGAAUUUGAAACGCAACGCAUAAAGGAAUUGAGUGGAAAUAGAGCGGAAAAUCUCGAACAAUUGAUCGAUAUAUUUAAAAGAAACGAAGAAGAAUCGAAAGGAAAAUAUAUGGAAAUCGAACGGCGAUAUCAGAACCUUCAAGAUACGUCUUCCAGGAAUAUACUCGAAUUGCAAACGGAAUUGGAGGAAUCCAGGAAACUUCAAAACGAAACUAAAGAAUCGAGCGAAAAAAUCGAAGAAUUACGAACAGUAAUCGAGGAACUUCGUAAAGAAAAACUUGCUUCCGACGAAGAAAUUGAAACGUUGAAGAACGAUUUGAACGCCAAACAAAUGGAAAUGGACAGAAUCGUUACGGAAAUGGAAAAUAAAUUGGUCGAUACCGUUACAGAUUUGGAGGAAAAAUGGGCGGCCCAAGUCGACGAAAGGGGUAAUACAGUCGCCGAAAGUUGGAAAUAUCAUUUGAGUAUAGUCGAAACUGAUUUUGCUGCUAUACAAGAAAAACUUAAAAAUGAAAUUAACGAUUUAGAAGAAAAAUGUAAUAGUCUGGUAAACGAAAAUAACGAAUUAAGAAAAAACGUCGAUGUCGAAAUUAAAAACGAAGUCGAUAGAAUUUCGGCUCUACAACAACAGAUAAAUGACAGACAACGCGCGAUUAACGAUUUGAACCAAUUGCUAAUUAACGAACAGACAGAAAAAUCCGCUUUAGCCAAACAGGUGGCCGAUUUCGAAGCUAUCCAACAACUAUUGGCCGAUAAAGAAGUGGAAUUGUCCAGUUUGAAGACGUUAGCCGAAACGACUCGUCAACAGUUGGACGAAAAACGCGAAGUCGUCGAAGAAAUUGUGAAAGUAUUGGAAAGAAACACGUCGUUUCCUCUGUCCUGCGAAAAACAGGAUAUACUCGUCGAAAUUCAAAGGCAGCUCGGUUUAUCAGCGGAAAACGAACGACAAGUUGAAACCCGAAUCGAAAAUAUGAAUAUUGAAUUGCAAAAUUAUCGCGAAUCGGUUCGAGAAAAAGAAGAGGAGUUAAUUCGAUUGCGAUCUCAAUAUAGCGACGGUCAAGAAAAAGAUUUGCAAAUAGCGAAAUUGCAAACGCAAGUGGAUCAGAUUUUGGUAAAAGAUCGAGAAAUUUUGGAACUUCGACAAAAUGUCGAAUAUCUAAAAGAACAAUUACAACAGUUGAAUGAAAAAGAAAAUGAGAUUUUGAGGUUACAAGAAAUUGUGGAAGAGUAUAAGCAUCGACAAGAAACGGAUCAACAAGAAUUAUUGAACAUGCAAAAACAGUAUAACGAAGCACAAUACGCUGCAGAAGAAUUAAAACUUAAACUCGAAGAGUACCACCAAAGUAAUAUAAAUCUUCAGACUUUGGUAGAUGAAAAAAAUCAGCAGAUUACAUUAUUAAACCAACAAUUACAACUUUCGAUGGACAACAAAGACACACAUAAAUUAGAAACGGAAUUAUCGCAGUACAAACAAGAUUAUUUAAUUCUUCAACAAUCACUUGCCGAAUGUCAACAACAUCUUUUCGACAUCACUCAAGAUUUAGCGACAAAAUCGCACGAAUGCGAAACCCUCAAUCAACAACUCUCCUAUUCCCAACAAAACGCCGAAUUGCUGCAAAUUGAAAUCAACAAAAUAAACGAAACUUUAAUCAACAAAGAACAAGAAUACGCCUUAUCGAUGGAGAAUUUAAAAACAACCCGUUACAAAGAAUUGGAAAGCCAUUACGAAGAACUGAUAUCAGUCAAAGAUUUAGACGUUGAAGCUCUAAAAACCCAAGUGGCCGAAUCCCUUUACAACGCCAACGAACAAUACAGGGUCAGAAUGGAACUAGAACAACUAAUGAAACAACAACAACAAGAACAUACCGGAUUGAAAGAAGAAUUAGAAACUAGACUUCGACAAUUGGAAGAAAAACUUGCAGAACAAUCGACGUUAGCCGAAGAAGAAAAUAAACAAUUAGACGAGAUGAGGGGUAUAAUCGAAGAGCAGGUCGUUAAAAUUGAACAAUUGAAAAAAGAAUUAUUCGAAAAGAGUAAAGAUUACGACAGUUUAAUCGCCGAAAUGGACAUCAGCAGGAACGCUAUCACUCAACAACCCGUAUCCACAGGAAUAAGGAUCGGUUCGCAAUCCGAAAAACAACCAGUUUCCGAUGACGAUCUAUCCGCAACCGUAAACCGAGCAGAAUUAGAUAUAGCUUUGUACAUGUUACAUCAAAGAGACGUACGUUGCGAAGAACUAACCGUCGAAUUAACCCACUUAUUAGAAGAAAGAGACACCUUGCAAUUGAGAUUAUCUAAUGCCAUUAGAGAAAAAGAAGAAAUACGAAGAAAAUAUAGCGGAACUAGUCCAGUUGAACAGUCGAUUUCUUCGAACAUGGUACCUGAAAGUACCGAACCACCUUUGGAAGCAUCCAGUACUGAAAUAGCUAGUAAACCACAGGAAAAAAUAACUAAACAAGAUCUUGCUAGCAAGUUAUCGGAAUUGAAACAAAUCGGUUACAAAAAAGAUAAGACGUUUGUGGAUGAACAAGAACUUAGGAGUCUACAACAAAUGUCGAUAAUGCAACAACACAUUAAAGAAGUCUCUAAAUUACCACCGGAAGCCGCUGCUAAAUUAGUGGACGCUAGUUAUACGCUUUCGCGGGAUAUCCAAAGUCCUUCCAAAGUACUCCUCAAUUGGUUGUGGGGUAGAAGCACUCCAAAAGUGAAUGAUACAUAACGUUUACCAUGUAUGAGACUUACUUAUUAAGUUAUUAAUACUUACGUGCCUAAAAA